UCAUUAUUUCCCUUCUACGUGACUUUACCGAAAGAACCAAGAACAUAUAUAGUCGUGUGUUUGUUGUAAGGCGACACGGCGGGGCAAUGGAGAGGGGUCACUUUGUUUUCUCUGCCGACGCUCGCUGCGCACAUUCGGCUGGGUCGCAGCUCGUAAGCGGAGGAGGAAGUCUGCCGACGUGCGGAGGGACGGGUGAGGGAAUGGGGAGGAGGAGGAGGAAGUCCCCCGUCUGCCGACGUGCCGAGGGAGCGAGCGAGCGAGGAUUUGAGCGGGCGACGAUGUCGGAAGAGAAGAAGGAUGAUCGGCCGAUGCAGAAGUUUGACCUGGAGAAGGAGAUGGAGCUGCGUUUCGAGGUGGAACCCCAGCAGACGGCAACGCUGGAGCUUCUCAGCGGCAUGGGAGAGAUCUUCGGCACCGAGCUGACACGCAACAAACGCUACGUGUUUGGCGGCUCCAAAGUCGCCGUGUUCACGUGGCACGGCUGCAGCGUGCAGCUCACGGGCCUCACCGAGGUGGCCUAUGUCGCCAAGGAGACGCCGAUGCUGCUCUACCUGAACGUGCACGCGGCGCUCGAGCAGAUGCGCGUGCAGGCCGAGCGUCAGGAGGAAGAGCGGGGCCCCCGGGUCAUGGUCGCGGGCCCCGGCGACGUGGGCAAGAGCACGCUGUGCCGCCUGCUGUGCAGCUACGCGGCGCGGCUCGGCCGUCGGCCCACGUUGGUGGAGCUGGACGUGGGACAGGGCUCCGUGUCCAUCCCCGGCACUCUGGCGCUGCUGUACAUCGAGCGGCCUGCCGACACGGAGGAGGGCUUCAACCUGCAGGCGCCGCUCGUCUAUCACUUUGGCUCCACCACGCCCAGCUCCAACGUGAAACUCUACAACAAGGUGGUGUCAAAGCUCGCCGACGUGUUCGACCAGCGGUGCAAGGUGAACCGGCGUGCGGCCAUCAGCGGCUGCGUCAUCAACACGUGCGGCUGGGUGAAGGGAGCCGGCUACCAGGCCCUCAUACACGCCGCCACUGCGUUUGAGGUGGACGUGAUCCUGGUGCUGGAUCAGGAGCGGCUGUACACGGAGCUCAAGCGAGACUUGCCCCACUUCGUCAAGACGGUGCUGCUGCCCAAGUCGGGCGGCGUGGUGGAGCGAUCCAAGGACUUCCGCCGCGAGGGGCGCGACGAGCUGGUUCGCCGCUACUUCUACGGCUUCCGCAACGCCUACUUCCCGCACGCCUUCGAUGUCAAGUUCGCCGACGUCAAGCUCUACAAGGUCGGGGCGCCACCCAUCCCGGACUCGUGCCUGCCGCUGGGCAUGUCCCAGGAGGAGAACCAGCUGAAGGUGGUGCCCAUCACGCCGGGGCGCGACCUGGUGCACCACGUGCUCAGCCUGAGCAUGGCGGAGAGCACCCAGGAGAACCUGGUGGAGGCGAGCGUCGCCGGCUUCCUGGUGGUGACGGCCGUCGACUCGGAGCGCCAGGUGUUCACGGUGCUGUCGCCCGCGCCACGGCCACUGCCCCGCAGCAUCCUCCUCGUCAUGGACAUUCGCUUCAUGGACCUCAAGUAGCACCGCCGAUCGGCGUGACGGGUUUGUGCUACGUGGGGUGGGAAAGAAGUUUCGGCGUACGUACGUGCUCGUGCGCAACGGGGCCCGCUGAAGAGGAUGGCUCCACCGGCUCCAUUUUUUUAAAAGAAAAUCUUUUGUACCGAUUUUAUAGAGGCCGUUGAAACAAUGGGGUUAGGGUAAGAUGCAGACGUGGAAGCAGAGUACAGUACAACAAUGGAUGUUGCUGCACUGCUCCCUGCUGCCCGCAACGUAGCCCUGCAGCUGCCGAUUAUCGCGGUUGGCAACGUACGGUGUGAGAGAAGUUCAACAUAUAUACACAUGCAACUUGUUUUGUUUUUCCAAAAGUAUUUUAUUGACUCCUUUUUAAUAUGCACGGUGGUCGACCCAUCCAAGCUUCCUGCCUCCACUUUGUACAUUUGAUGAGAGACGUUGUAACAUGGUUUGCCGGGUCAGGUCAUCGUUGAUUUCUAAGUCCUGUUAGCCUCUCGUAUCUGUGAUAAUGCGGGGAGAAUGAAUUGUUGAUAAGAUAAUUCCGAGGAAAGGGGGAUACUUUUGUAAUGAUCUGAAACAAUUUGCGAGCCAUUUUCACAUGAAUAGCAGUGUGACCAUAAGAUCUGGGGUUAUUUAUCGUGACGGUAAUAACAGUAUUGUGAGUCGAACUAUCAAUUACAUUGCGAUUGAAAUUCUUGAAAGAUUCACACAAGUUACAGUUGUAAUUGGCGCCAGGUCUGGUCAGCGUGGGUGGUGUCUCUUGUGCUCACAUAAAGAAUUGUCAACAUACACAACAUCUCUCGUCUCGGGGGCUCGCUUACCUCGCUUGCCUCAUCUCCCUCGCAUCUACUUGAUAGUUGCAAUGAGCUCGUUAAUCUCACUUUGGUCACCGACAUCACAGGUGAGAUUGACAGACGAACGAGUUAUCGUGUCUUUAACUCACACCCGUGCCUCCUUGCAGGUGCAGUGAUUUUGGGUGCUGCGGUGGUGAGAUGCUAACUGCCUCGCCUGGUAUACAGGAGGUCAUAGGUUUGAUCCCAACCCUGACGCCUAUUUAUUUGGAGUUUGCAUGUCUCUCCCUGUGGUCGCGUGGAUUUUUCUCCGUGUCCUCCGGUUUUCCCUCCAGAUUUAGAAUCGGCAUGAAUUUAGAGCAUUUGGCUGGUGUAAAUUUCUACGUGACAAGCCACUUCAUUGAGCUAUCAUAUGUGGCUGGGUUGCUUCUGAAAAAGAGCUACAUAGCUCAGUGGCGCCUUACCUGGUGAAAUAAAAUGUGGUUUAGUUUAGCAUAGUUUGGAAAGGAAUGUCUCUCUCUCUCGCUCUCCCCUCCAUCCGUUUGUGAGUGACACCCACAAUCGUCAGCUGCUCUGCUGGGUCUUUACUUGGCUCCACGCAGGCCACCGCAGGAGACAGACGGCACCUGCCGCAUCGGAUGCACGGAACCACUCGCCCCGGUUGCGCCGAUUGGGAUGAGGGCCUUUUUCUUUUUUUUUCGUUGAUCUCGGCGCCGCAUCUCCCAACCGUGCAAAUGCAUUUGACGUCAAUAUCUCAUGCGCGCCCGCUCCGACGGCGCUGUUGCCAUUGCGCCGCUGCCGCUCGGAGUUUGGAACUCGGCAACGUAGAGGGCACAUCUCUCGCACCGCAAAACAUCCACGCACCAUGAACGCACGGCAUAUUUGUUCUUAAAGGCCGCGUCGUCUCGGAAAGGUCGCCCACGCGUGCGUGCGCAAGGGUGCUUCGAAAAACCGCCGAGUGAGCGCGCGCGUGUGUGUGUGUGUGGAGUCGAUGGCUUGGAACAGAACAUUUGCGCCUGAUUUAACAUGCGUGGUGCAUGUGAAGCAAACGCGAGUCGGGCGAGUCCCUCCCGAGGCUAUUUAAAAUUUUUGUUGUAAAAAGUACAUCUUGAAAUCAGAAGCGAUGUUCAUUGCACUGUCAUCAUCAAACCGCGUGAAACCCCGUACGGUUGUGAUGCACAAUAAAGUGACAAUGUUUGCUACGCUUUUGGCAUAAAUACGUUAAACUUGUUCCAUGAUAAUGACAUUUUUUCAACGGUAAAAAGCUUCACGAAACGACCAAACGUCUGCAUUUAUGUUUGGUCACGUUUGCAUAUCGGAAGAAACUACUAAAGCGCCUGACGCUAACACUCACGUUUGCACGGACUGGAUCACAACUCAUUUUCUAAAACUCAUUUUCUGCAUUGCCUUUGCCUAGCCACCAGAGCACAGAUCUCUGAAAUUCGCUGGACGUGGACACGUUCUCUACACCUGUGGUCAAAAUCUGUUGAUUCUGGGUGCUGGUCAAAGUCAAAUAUAAUAACGCCGGACCGGUUUCUGUUUUGCAUCCAGUAACUCGUGCAAACCACUCUCACCGGUUGACCGGCCGAGUGGUCUCUCUUCACCUUUUCCAUGACAGCUUUUUGCCGAAUGUCCCCAUUGGUCCUCAUGAUGGCAGCCGAGCGGGGUGCUUCGCCAGGGCCAACUCGGUACUGUUUGUGUCAUUUGCGAGCACCGAGACAAAGGCCAUUCAAGUAAAAUCUGCUGCUCCUGGAAAGUGCUGCACGGGUUGAGCUCCACCUUGGGGCCUGUCUGCUCCUCCCAUACUGGACAAUGUGCAAAAAGAGCUUCAUCGCGCAUCGGAUUCCUCCUGCAGUGUAAAUAAAGAUUCUGAUCUGGUGUCGUACUCGCUAUCUCAACUGGUUACAUUGGUUCAUGUAAUCGCUGCAAUGCUCAAUCUCCAAAAUUAAAUACGUUCGUGCGUUUGCA